UGGAACAGCAGAAACUAGAGAUGGCGGGUGGUCGCCACGACGACCGCGCCUCGCAUUAUACAAUGCAAAGUCAUUCAUUCGGUAAGAGCUAAAUAGCCGAAACUCCGCACACUACCGCAACAAGUCAAACUUAAACAACGAUUGUAAAACGCCAUUAUCUCAGAAGCUCGCACGGUUCAUAUACCUAUCGAACGGAUUCUACAACCGGCAGUUCAUUCAGGCCAACCUAUCAACAGUUUUGGAAAAAUUGAGCACAGCCCAGAACUUCAACAGCUCAAUACUUCGGCAACUGGCAACUGCAUGGCAAUGGCUUUAGCCACGAAGCUAAUGGCUUUAGCACAUGCACUGACCAAUUGGGGUAUGGAAGUUCAAAGCGACAGACUGGUGGUCCUUACUAGCAGAUUGUUUAAUGAACCGGUCAAUUGCACGUGCAAGAGCAGUUCGACAUCUAUACCAGAACGGCGACACUACGUGGAUCGGGGCUGUGAUCCAGUGAAACUGCGUGAAUCAAUAAAACAAUUUUAAGCGGUAUUUAGAAGAGUGUGACGACUUUCCGUCCCAACAAAGGCGAUAGUGUCGCGCUUCAAUUGGCGCAGCAGUGAAACGGAGUUUUUGCAGCAAAAAUUUUCAAGAGAGAAAUUUAUGUCCUAGCCGAUGAUAGUGAUAACAAAUUUUGUUUGAUGUAUCGUGCGAAUACAGUAUUAUGAGGAAAGCUGGCGUACGAUAUUGGACAGCAAAUAUCGCUUCAGCUUGGGAUAUGCACUGCGUCCCUUAAGUGAGCAAACUUACAAAUUAACACCAGCCCUCUUAUACUUCGCAAUGGGAGAGCUUUUCUCCGCAAUUGUCCAGAAAGAGGGAAGGUCAAGGGGGUCCAUUCAUCGACGGAGCACCCGCAAGAACCAAUGGCACUGACGGAAAACAGAAAGUCAAAAGUUUCUGGGGAUGGUUUUCGGCAACCUGGAAUGGCGACGUGGAAGAAUUAACAAAACGACUAACGGGAUUUACAAUCCCUCGUGAGCUCAAUUGUGGAAUUGACUCAUACUGGAGAAAGCAGAAGCAUCACGGUAUGCUAAAUUAUUAUGUUCCGAGUCAAUAUAACAUCAGACGCAACCGAAGAGGCAACAGCUCCGGUUGGUGGGCCUCACCCAAUAGUGAUACUCGCAAUGCUUCAAAAGUACCGGCUAUCACUGCCGGAACUGCGUCAGUGGCAAGACAAUUUUCAGAAAUCCCUACAAGAUGCGAAAUAAUUGAAACUUGACAACUCGCGCGCAGCCACCAAUAAUGGCAAUUCUGACUCGUCUUAUUACCCACCGAGCUAUGUUUCGCCUGAAGAAGAGCAGCACGCCAUAAUAAAACCCCAGGAAAGCAGGCAAACCGAUCUCUCACUCAGUCUUUAAUGGAUGUAGAACGAAUGCAGGGCUAAACGGGAUCAUCAAUCGGUAGAAAAGCAGCAGAGCCGAUGGAAAUAGUUAGAACUACGGUAAGGAAAUCAUUUCAACGGAUGCGUCGGCAGAUCACUGUAGCAAGCUUGAACAGGUGUGACCGACAUCGGCGACUACGGUAUUUUCAUUACUAACAAGCACCUUUGAGUAGUGGAGCUAUACUGUCCAGCAAUAGCCGAUGGCUCUUAUUCGUAUGUGUAAAAUGUAAUACUCCCCAGAAAUAGAGCUUAGCUCUUUUGAAGAACAAGUGAUGGAAGUGUGGACGGCGAGGUGAAGGCAUAAUUGUUUGUACAACGGUUGCGGUGCCUUUACAGCCAGAAUAGAAGACAAACAAACUCAAGCAUGGAUGACUACCUGGAAGAAUCAACUCAGAUUACCUCAGCAGACAAUUGCAGUCCAAAUUGCUAACAGAGAAGUGGACCCAAUACUGGAACAAAAUGAAAAAGUUAUGAAGCUGUGAGACGUCGGCAACAAGUACCGAUUGGCGCAACACCUCCUCUGUGCCUUAUCUAUGACAAAGAAGUUCGAGUAUGAUAAAGCAAUUGCAUGGCUAGCACGUAAUCUCAUCGAAUCUAAAAUGAUGAAAACCUACAAGACGAGGUAUGCGGUGUCGCGACGGUCAAGAAUCUGUUGGUGAAUAGGACACUCCUUCUCCGACACUGUCGAGCGUGGAGUAGAAGGAAGCGGCCAAAACGAAAUGAAUUCUAUCUUCUAAAACGGGGUCUUGUGUGUUGAAUAUGCGCUCCACAUUGAAUUUUGUAAAACUCAUAUUUUAUCAGAUUCACCCAUACAACGUCACUCCUACUCCUUACUUGCUUAUCAAACCUAAUUUGUCACGUC